AUGUCGCCUUCUAAUUACAUAAAAUAUUUAUUAAGUCUAUUAUUGGCAAUAAUAGUAUCCGUUAAAUCUUAAUCUGUGCCAUGCUAUAGCUAAGUGCUAUCAGGUAAUUUUUAUGGUGAAAAUUAAAAGGAUGCUUGGAAAGAUUUAGACUUAUCAACUGAUAUUCAAUUUAAGAAAAUGAGUAGCUUAAGUAUUUCUUUUUGGAUGAACAUAGCUUCAUCGUUCUAAAUUUAAUUUUCUGUGAAACUAUCCUAAUAAUCAUACUAGCUCCUAUCUAUAAAUCCUACUACAUCAUAGACUAACCCAUAGCUUUUAAUUGAUAGUUCAAGUUUUUUACAAACUCCUUUAAAAUACACAAAAGCUUAGAAUCUAUGGAUGUAUGUAUUCAUUACAUUGGAUGUAUCUAAUACCAUUCCAUAAGUUCCAUAAGUUAACUUAUUUAUUGCUGAUUCAGUUGAUACUAGUGAUGCAGUACAUUUUAUGCCAAUUUAGCAGUCUUAACUUUAAAAUCUUCCUAUUAAUAACUUUUAAUAUGAAACUUUUUUGAUAACAUCUGGUACUGAUAUAUAAUACACAGGCACAAUUUACUUGCACCGCUACUAUGGAAUUUAAAAUAUUACUAGCGAUUAUCAGAAUAUUUUGAAAAUGAUGAUGAGAGACAAUACAAUCCUGAUAUCAAAUUAUUUAUUUAACUAAGACUUGCUAGUGUAAUAUUUGGAUGAUAAUAAUGACUAUUAUCAAAACAAUAUAGAUAUUAGUAAGCAAAAUUAAAAUAGUGUUCCCAUUUUAUUCUACAAGAGCUUAAGUUUUUCAGCACAGAACUACAUAACUCUAAAUGGCUUUCGCUUGACUCAAGUCUAGAGAGAGUUCACUAUUUCAUUUAGCAUUCAAACAGUGAUUACUGAUAUUAAUCCUCAACCGUAUACAAUCAUGAGUUUCCAGGAUGAAAAGGGUUUCAUAAUAUUUUAAAUCAUUUUAAAUAGAUUGAAUGAUUAUCAAGAAUAAAUUAUUUUUAAUUUUCAGUAUCAAAACUAAAAUUUAAACAAUACUUUAUAAAAAUGCAAUGUAUAACGCAUAACACAGUGGAAUUACUUUGUGAUUACAGGAUAUACCUAUGCAAGAUUCUAAUCCAAUUACUAACCAAAAAAUUAUUAUUUUGAUAUUUACCUUAAUUAUUAGUAUUGCGAAACAGUUGUUUACAAAAAUCCUCAAACUUUUUUAAGUAGCGAUUAGUUUUUCAUUGUAUUUGGUAACUAAAAUUCUCAAUAUACUAAUUAUUUUAUGCUUAAAUCCCUAAAAGUAUAUUAUGGUGCCUUCUCUGCCUAUAAUUCAACAUGCAAUUAAAAUUGUGUAGUUCAGUAGAGUAAAGAACUUACUAAUGCUGAGAAACAGUAGUGGAAUAAUUAGAAUCCAACUAAUACUCUCCCUAUUUCUGAAUAGGUUUCUUAAUAAGCAUUAAGUUGGUUAAAUGGCUAAACUUUAUCUUAAUAUCAAACAUAAUCUUGCCUGAAAUGUGAUGAUUAGAGGUAUUAAAAUGGAGAAUAUUGUCUAAGUGGAGCUUCACAGUGCCCGGAUGGUAUAGAUUCCUCAGCUAAUUAAUGCCUGCCUGCAGUAUUGUGUUCGGAUCCUUUACAUGAUAGCAGUGACUGCAUUAAAAACUGCAUUCCUGGUUAUUAAAUUGAUAACACAGCAAAAUGUUCUAUUUAGUGUGGAUAUUCUUGUGCAUAAUGCUCAGGUAUCAAUUCAGCAUAAUGCCUAUCCAGUAAUAAAACUAAUCUAGACUAAGCUUGCCCUUCAACAAGAACAUUUAAUUCAUUAACUUAACAGUGUGAUUGUAAAUAAUAUUUUUAUGAUGAUGGAAUAAGUUAUCAGUGCAUAAAAGCAACAACAGUCACUCCUACUUCUACUAUUGCAAAGGUGUAUUAUGUAUUCGAUAUCAGUUAUCAAGAUUAACAACUUGUGACGAUAGCAUCCAUAAAUACCAAACCAAUUUACUAAUACCAAUUAAGUGAUGUUAGUCUUAAAUAUGAUUAAAAUGUUUCAAAUACAAUAACUGCUGAUGUAGAUUAUGGUAUUUAGCUUUUUCAAUUAUAAUAAUUUUAAAUAAUUAACUUAAAUAACGCACAAGCAUAAAACAUGAGAUUUUGGCUGUACCCUUAGUCUAAUUUAGGCAGAUAUGUAAAAUUAGUAUCUUAUACUGAUUCUUCUAAUAAUCCAAUAAUUAUGAUAAUAUUAAAUUAAAUUAACAAUUUUGAAUAUUCUUUAACUAUUUGCCUUAGUUAAAAGUGCUAAACUCUUUCACCACUAUAAUCAAAAAUAAGAGCAAAUAUGUGGAACUAGAUUGCAAUAUCAAUAGCUAAUUGGACCCCUUCAAAUAAUUCCAUUUUUCAAAUCACUAUUUUCAUAAACUCUUUUUCUAAGAAUUUCUACUUUGAAACUUACCCGACUAGCAUUUAAGUUUUAUAAGUUUAAUUUGGUGAUUAUAAUAACAAAUUUUCUCCUCCUCAAACUCAAUUCUUUGCUGUAAGAUACAUUUCUUUCUUUGACCAACCUUUUUACUUAAACAAUUCUAAUAAUUGUCUUGUAACUUCAGGAGGAAAUUUAUGUAUUGUCUGCUAAAAAGGUUUUUAUGCAAAAAGUAAUUUAUCUUUUAACUGUAUAAAAGAUACACCUUUAACUGGCUAAUUUGUAUACGAUAGUAUUCAAAUGAUUCAUUCUUGUGGAGUGAAUUAGAAUAUAUGCACUAAUGAAUGUUAAGCACUACCUUCAAAAUGUAUUAAUUGUACAUAAGGUAGAGAUCCAAAAAACAACUGUAAUUGUCCGGAUGGAUAAUAUUCUGAUCCUAUGUUUAAAUGCUAGCCUUGUAAUCCUAAAUGCGCCACUUGUGACAAUACAAAUAAAUGCUUAACGUGUAAAAAUAAUAGAAUUAAUCCACCCCUUUGUACAUGCCCUUCAUAAUUUUUGGAACCAAUUCCAUCAGAUACGACAUCUAUCUAAAAGGGUCUUUGUGUUCCUUGUAGUAAAUCAUGUGCUAGUUGUGAUUCAAGUUCUUGUGUUUGUCCUGAUUAAACCAAAACUUUUAGAAUUUAGAAAAGCAAAUAUUCAUGCGACUGUAUGGAUGGAUACUAUGACGAUACAAACUCUAAUGCACCAUGUAAAAAGUGUUUUCCAAAUUGUGCUACAUGUAUGGGAGGAUUAGAAAAUUAGUGCAGUAGUUGCAAAUUCGAUAAUAGCCAAGUAAAAUUGGUUAAACCAAUCGCUGGAGGUAUUGGUUUUUGUUAGUGCUAAGAUAGUGGAUAAUAUCUAGAUUAUAAUGGAUUUUGCAAAAACUACACAUCUGUCUAGUUUUCUUUGAUUUCAGAUGCAUACUACUUCAGACCUAAGAUAAAAAUUGAACUGACAGAUGGAUAACAACUAGAAAAUGCUUUAACUUCUUAAUGGAUCACCCUUUUGGAUAUUAAAAUCAUAACCAAUGAUAACUCUCUUCACAACAGAAGAAACUUAUAGACUAGCAGUAGUUAAAUAGGAGAAAAUAAUCUCAAUUUAACAAUGUCGAAUGAUAGCACUUAACCUAAUGUGGGUUACAUUAAUAUCGAUGUCUAACAGAGUUGUUUCUCUAAAUUAAUAAGAAUUGUUGUAAACAAAAACACUGCUAUCCGAACAAUUAACGGUGUGCCUUUAAAUCCCUCUUUCUAAAACUAAGUAUUCGAAUUUAAUAUUUAGCCUUUUAUUAUGAAAUUUGGUUCAGACGACUUGAACUACUUUCAAUAUUAGCAGUAAAUUUUAAAUUCUCUAUAGAGCAAUUCAUUCUUUUCUUUUAUAAGAUAUAUAUCUAUUCCUUUGCUUUUUAUGAAUUGUUUACAACCCAUAUCAACAUUGCUACUGAUAAACACUGUCAUUCCAUUGAAAGCUCAUCUCCUAAUUUCUCAGUUCGCUAGCUUUGUUUUCCCUUAUACUCCAGUUUGGAUUAAUUACAAUUUCAACAAUAUGAAAUCUAACUAAUACAAGAGUCCUUCAUAUAAUAUUUAUGGCAGUGAAGUUAGUGUUAGUGAUUAGCAGGCAUUUUACCCUUACCAACAAAUGGGUAUCAGUGCAAAUUUUUUAGUUAACAUUACUGAGACUCUAGUUCUCCUAGCUAUUAAUGGUAUUGUAAUUGGAAUUAUGAAGUAUCUAGAUGACUCAAAUUACAAAUUAUUUUAGGGAAAGAAUUUUUAUCAUUACCCUAUUUCCUUUUUUUACAACCUACUGGAAGUGCGUCUCAUCUAUAUCUUGUUAAGCGUUUUCUUAUAAUUCACAAACAUGCAGUUCUCUAACGGUCUUAAUGGUGUUUCAGCAAUUUUUUCUUGUAUUUUUUUCUUAGCGAUGAUGUUCUUUUACUAUAAAACUUAUUAAAUUCUAAAUUCAGAAUCAGAAAAGGGAUUUUAAUAUAAAAGAUUAUUCCAUCUUGUUGAGUAUUUGGAUUUUAAGUAACACUCAAUAAGGUUAAACUAUAAGCUACUUCACUUCAUAAAAAAGUUUCUUUACAUGCUAGUUGUUGUCGUUAUGUAUAACUCACCUAAAAUAGGUAUUAUUUUCUUGAUAAUAAUAUCAAUUUUAGGUUUAUUUUUAGAUAUACUUACUCGUCCUUUUAGUUUCAAUUGCAUUAACUACUUUAAAAUUUUUUCUUCUAUUGCAUGGCUUGUCCUAUUGAGUGCUCUGUUAUAUUCGUUCACUCAAUAUUAAAAUAUGCUAAAUAAUAAUUAUAUUAUUGAAUCUUCUACAUUGAAUAACUAUUUAAAAUCAGGCGAAGCCAUCUUCAUUUUAGUUUGGCUCUAUUUUGGCUUUCACUGCAUAAUUUAUAUCCUAAAACUCUCUGACAACAUCAAUAGAGUCUAUAAAUACUUUAAAGAUAAGAAUGAUGAUAUCUAAGUACUGAUAGUUAAUAAAGAUGAAGACAAUACCUAUCGGCUAUAAAAUAUUUUCUAAAAUUCUUAAUAAGAUGAUUCAGAAGUUAUUGGAAAUGUAAAAGCAAUUGUAGCAUUAUAACCUAAAUAAAUCUAAGUUAAGGAUUUUGUUAUCAAUCCUAAGUUCAAUUAGAAACGUAGAAAAUCAAGUAAUUAAUUUUUAUGA